AGCGUUUCUCUACCUGCCUCCGCAGUAACUGUUCCUGUACACUGAGGUAAAACAGGGUAUCCACCAUGGCGUGCGGGGGCUAUACGUGCUCGAAGAACUCCCUGUGCGCGCUCAACAUCCUCUAUGUGAUGGUGAGCCUCCUCCUGAUUGGCAUUGCUGCCUGGGGGAAAUGGUUUGGACUGAUCUCCAGUUUCCAGGUUGUGGGUGGAGUGAUUGGAGUGGGCAUCUUCCUCUUCCUUGUGGCUCUCAUCGGACUCAUUGGAGCCCUGAAGCACCACCAAGUCUUGCUGUUCUUUUACAUGAUCAUCCUCUUCAUGGUGUUUGUGGUGCAGCUCUCCGUGUCGUGUGCUUGUCUUGCCAUCAAUAAAGAGCAGCAGGAUCUCCUCCUAGAAGUUGGGUGGAACAACUCCGAAAGCACGCAGAGAGAUGUGGAGAAAACUCUCAACUGCUGCGGCUUUUCUUCCGUCAACCUCAACAGGAGCUGCGAGGCCGCCUGUUUCCUCAGUGGUUCCUGCGCCGCUUGUAAGGCCAAGAUUGAGGAGCACACUGAGGAGGUCCUGCACUUUGUUGGUGGGAUUGGCCUGUUUUUCAGCUUUACCGAGAUUCUGGGAGUGUGGCUAACACACAGGUAUCGGAAUCAGAAAGAUCCCCGAGCAAAUCCAAGUGCCUUUUUGUAAUCUUAAUUGUAGGAUUUAUCACAGAUUAGCUUGAUAUUAAGACUUUUGGAGGCUUCCUUCGUCUGAAUUUACAUGAAGAAUCAUACAGAGAACGUAGAUAUUUGUAAUUUGCUACAGUAGCGGUAGAGCUCCAGCAUCAGUCUAAAUGUACUUCUGUUCAAUUAAGGUCUAGUGUUUGUGUAGUUAAAAAAAAAAAAUCACAGUGCUUGAAAUGAGUUAUUUUUAGAUUUUGGCUGUGAUGAUUUAAUUUAUUAGAGAUUCCACAGGUUUCAUAUUCUUACAAAGACAUAAGUGUGUUCCUCCUUGCAAACAUGUUUCAAAAAGUGUUUAAAAGGGAAAGUAUAAAGUGAAAUCACCAAAAAAUGAAAAAUAAUCAAAUAAGAACAUGCAGUCAAAAACCAGGUAAUUUUGGUUAAGAUCUUUGCAGUAUGGUAUUUUAACAAGACUUGGAAAAUGCAGAGAGUUGAAACACUGAAACAUGUUUGUGAUUAAGUAUUUAUUCAUGUUUUAGAGCCUGUCACCAACUCAUGUCUUAAAGCACCUUGCUGUAAUUGCCUGCUUUUGUGUAGAAUGUUCUAAAAUAUACUC